GGUUAAAAUGCAAGCAACGUGGGUCCACUGGUUGUUAGUGCUUUUUCUCUGCAAAAGCACAGGACUAGCCGUAGCAUUGAGUGUUGCAAGCGGGACGGAUGGUAGUGAUGUCCAAGGACUGGCGAUUCAGAAUCCAAACAGCCAAUGUCCUGUUGAUACGGCUGUCAAUGGUAUACAUAACAUAACGGUAGGAAACCUGGAACCCUUUCAAGUUUCCUGCGAUGCAAAGAUCGCUGGACCCGGCUGGACUGUGAUCGCCCGUCGAACAAGCGAGGAGCUGCUUUUCUAUCGUAACUGGGAUUCGUUCAAGAGGGGUUUCGGGAACAUCUCAGGCGACUUUUUCAUAGGAUUGGAUAAGCUUCACGCCAUAACGAAAGCCCAGAACCAAGAGCUCUACGUGUACCUUGAAGAUUUUGAGGGAAACCACCGAUUCGCCCAAUACGAUGAGUUCUACAUCGAGAGUGAAAAUGAGGCAUAUCGAAUGUCCAAGUUGGGACGUUUUAUUGGAGACGCUGGUGACUCGCUGAAUGUUCACAGGAACCAAAAAUUUACCACAUACGACAGGGACAAUGACGUUAAAGCGAAUCUUAACUGCGCUGUGGAAUACAUGGGCGCCUGGUGGCACAAAGAUUGUCACCACAGCAACCUUUUCGGGAUGUACCUGAACGGCAGCGUGGACAUAUACGCAAAGGGAAUGUGCUGGAAAGGUUGGCGCGGGUAUUACUACUCAUAUAAACUGAUGCAAAUGAUGGUUCGUCCAAAAUGAUUUAAAU